AACAAAAAGAAUCGCCUCAUCCUCGAAUUUCGACGAAAACACUCAACCCUUCACGAUGUCGACCUUUGGGCAGUACUUCAAAGUUACUACGUACGGCGAGUCGCAUUGUCGCUCAGUAGGAUGUAUCGUCGAUGGUGUCCCUCCAGGAAUGGAGCUUACAGAAGAUGAUAUCCAACCGCAGAUGACAAGAAGAAGACCAGGCCAGAGUGCGCUGACCACGCCUCGCAAUGAAAUGGACUUGGUGGAGAUUCAAUCUGGUACAGAAUUCGGCGUCACUCUCGGAACUCCAAUCGCAAUGAUCGUACGAAAUAAAGAUCAAAGACCUCACGAUUAUGGAAACAAGACAAUGGAUCUAUACCCGAGGCCUAGUCACGCAGAUUGGACAUAUUUGGAGAAGUACGGAGUCAAAGCCAGCAGUGGCGGAGGCAGAAGCAGUGCCAGAGAGACGAUUGGAAGAGUUGCUGCCAGUGCCAUUGCAGAGAAGUACUUGAAGUUGUCCUACGGCAUUGAGAUUGUGGCUUUCGUCUCUUCUGUGGGUAGUGUACACAUGUUCCCUCCUACUGCGACGCAUCCUACACCAUCUACGAAUCCUGCCUUCCUUUCUCUGAUCGAUUCAAUUAGCAGAGAGAAGGUCGACGAAUUCGUUCCAGUACGAUGUCCAGACAAGGCUGCAUCCGAGAAGAUGGCGGAGUAUAUCGCAGAUUUCAGGGACAGACAGGACAGUAUUGGAGGUACGGUGACGUGUGUGAUUAGGAAUGUGCCUAGUGGGCUAGGAGAGCCAUGCUUCGACAAGAUGGAAGCUCUGCUUGCUCACGCAAUGCUGAGCAUUCCUGCUACGAAGGGAUUCGAGAUUGGCUCGGGUUUUGGGGGAUGCGAGGUUCCUGGCUCGACACACAAUGAUCCUUUCAUUCUCGCUCCGGAAGUACCACCACUAGAGACUGGCGCGACGAAGAAUGGCAUUCCCAGACCGAAGCUUACCACGAAGACCAAUAAUUCAGGAGGUAUUCAAGGAGGGAUCACCAACGGAGCACCGAUAUACUUCCGAGUAGCGUUCAAGCCACCUGCGACGAUUGGUCAAGCUCAACAAACAUCAACAUACGAUGGAGAUGCAGAGGGUGUAUUGGAGGCGAAGGGACGACAUGAUCCAUGUGUCGUUCCUAGAGCUGUGCCAAUUGUUGAGGCUAUGGCUGCACUGGCUGUUGUUGAUGCUUUAAUGGCUCAACAAUCGAGGCAGAUGACAAGAAAUCUUUUACCGCCAUUGAAGCAAACAAUACCGGCAGCUAAAUCUGCUCUUGAGACUGAGGCGAACGAAAAGCAUGGCGUCAACGGAGUUGCAAAAUAG